CCAUAAUAUAUGCUUAUCUGCGGUGUUAACGAUAGGACAAGCGACACAAGUAAAUACUCAUUUUAAAAUUCAUGUUUUGCCAUUCAUGCUGUAGCUACUGAGCCGAUCGAAGGUGAAAUACAGUUAGUUAACCAUUGUUUAUUUAUUAUUGUUAUUGUUGUUGUCGAUAAGAAGUAACACAUUAGUAUGGAUUUGGUAAAAAAUGUUAUUCCAAAUUUGCAAAUCGAGAUUAAAGAAGAUGAGAUUCAAAAUGGUGCUCUUGAAAUUUUAAAAGUAAUUAGGCCUAAUUGGAAUGAAAAAUUAAUAACAUUUAAGCUGUUGACAGAUGGCAUUACCAACAAGCUGGUGGCUUGCAAACCGGAAGGCGUCGAAGAACAAGAAACGGUGCUGGUCAGGAUCUAUGGGAACAAGACAGACUUGAUUAUAGAUAGAAAAGCCGAAACUAGGAACAUAAUUUUACUAAACAAAGCUGGGAUCGCCCCUAACCUCUACGCCACUUUUAAAAAUGGUCUGGCCUACCGUUUCCUGCCAGGGAACACUCUGACUUGUGAAACUGUUAAAGAUCCGGUAAUAUACCGAUUAGUAGCGAAACAGAUGGCGCUUUUACAUAAAAUCAAACCCGACGAAGAAAGCGAUUCGCCGUUUAUCUGGAACAAGUUGAGGAAAUUCCUGGAUUUGGUUCCGGAGGUGUUUUGCGAUCCGGAAAAACAUCGAAGGUACUUGAAGGACUUCGUCCCGAAAUCUAAACUCGAAGAGGAAGUAAAGCAGCUAAGAGAGGUCGUAGAAAAAUUAAAUAGUCCAAUUGUUUUUGCUCACAACGACCUCUUGUUGGGCAACGUUAUACACAACGAAAAGGAAAAUAAGGUCACUUUUAUUGAUUACGAAUACGCAGCUUUAAACUACCAAGCAUUCGAUAUUGCCAAUCAUUUUAAUGAAUUUGUAGGAAUAUCCGAGGAUCUAGACUACGACACCAAAUUCCCGAAUAAAGAAUUUCAACAGAGUUGGAUUCGCACUUAUCUCACCGAAUUUAACGGCACAGAACCAACUAACAAAGAAGUAGAAACGUUAUACGUAAAUGUCAGUAAAUGCACGCUUUUGAGUCAUCUCUUUUGGGGAGUAUGGGCUCUGGUUCAAGCCGAAUAUUCUUCUAUAAAUUUCGACUACAUAGGAUACGGAGCAAUGCGUUUGAACGAGUAUUUUAAGAGAAAGGAUAUAUUUUUGAGGUUAAACUCACCAAGCUGAUUCUCACAUAUGCCGGAUGAAUUCAUUUAUACGAAAUCGCAGAAGGGGUUCGAUUUACUUUUUUUUUAUUGGCUUGUUCAAAGUCUUUCAAAAAUGGCAUUUAGAAUGUCACAACAGCUAUAAACAAACCAACAACGAACAACUACUAGAUUAAUUUUUUCAUUAACAAAUAAGCAUUUGUAUUCUGCCAGUAUUUAAUCAUAGUGUUGGGUCAUUCUCAUUGAUUUCUCCAAUCAAGUCCAACACUCUCGUCAGGGGAGGACGUUUUAGUCAAAUCAAUUUGCAACUUUACUUUUAACUGUAUUUAUUUUCCAAUAAAAUACCUUUCGGUUGUAUAUCACAAUUAACAAUAACUUUUACCACUUAGAGUUUGUUGAGGCAGUGAAUUGAGGAAACCGAUCUAAAUUAGCAAAAUGAGUGUCAUGGACAUGGACGUUCACUCACCUGGAACGAUUACAUUACAAUACUAAUUUUACCCUUUUUUAUAACUUCCGGCUCUAACAAGAAAAGGAAGUUCCCCUCUUACCUUAUUAGGCGCAAUAUUAAAAUUAUUAUUCCUAAUUGACUGUUGCACCUGAGCCAUUGUAGGGGUGGUUAUGUCUUUCCCAAUCUACCAUUAUGCAACCAGUAUUACACCUGUACAUAUGGUUGAGUUUACAAUACUAAUGUUUUGGAUGGUUCCACAACACAUAACUUAAUGUUAAAUAGAUAGAGCGAGACAUUCACUAAAUUAAGUGGGGAUGGUGUUUACGAGUACGUCUUUUAUAAAUGAACCAGCACUUACGAUGCUUUUUACACUGUUGUCACACUACAAAAUAAAUAGCGUACUUUCAUGAAAAUCACGUUCAACUACAAUAAUUGCAGAACAAAAAAGACAUUAAAUUGAUGAUAACUGAUAUUAAGAAUACAA